UCUAUAACAUCAAGUGCUUUCUCUGAUUUGAUAUCUAGAAGAAGCUAAGUGACCAUAACAAUGGCGGAUGAGGUAAUUCUUUUGGAUGCCUUGCUCAGUCCUUUUGGAAUGAGGAUCAGAAUUGCCUUGGCCGAGAAAGGAGUCAAGUAUGAGUACAAGGAAGAGAACCUGCUAGAAAAGAGUCCUCUGCUUCUCAAGAUGAACCCUGUUCAUAAGAAGAUUCCUGUUUUGAUUCAUAACGGUAAACCCAUCUGUGAAUCCCUUGUUAUUGUUCAAUACAUUGAUGAGGUUUGGAAGGGCACAUCUCCUUUGCUGCCCCCUGAUCCUUACCUCCGAGCUCAAGCCAGGUUUUGGGCUGAUUUCAUUGACAAGAAGAUUUAUGACUGUGGUAGGAGGACAUGCAUGUCGAAAGGAGAAGAGAAGGAGGUAGCAAAGAAGGAGCUGAUAGAGACCUUGAAAGUGUUGGAAGGAGAACUUGGUGAGAAGCCCUACUUCGGGGGAGAGAAGUUUGGAUACGUGGAUUUGAGCCUUAUCCCCUUCCACACUUGGUUCUACUCCUAUGAAACAUUUGGGAACUUCAGCACGGAAGCUGAGUGGCCAAAGCUUAGUGCUUGGGCUAAGAGGUGCUUGCAGAAGGAGAGUGUAUCAAACUCCCUUGCUGAUAUUCAACAAAAAGUCUACCACUACUUUGUGCAGAAGAGGAAGAUGUCUGGGAUUGAGUAGAAUUAAAAAUAUGAGAGAAUAGAUAAUGAAAACUAUAUAUAAAGUCUGCUACCCAAUAGGGAGCAGGAUAUAUAUGAAGGGUCUUUCCCUUUGGGUUUUGUUGGGUUUUGUUUUGCUGCAAUGAAGGAAAUAGAUUUUCAGCUUUC